CCCACCGCAAACGGCCGCGCGCGCGCGCGCCCGAAACCGUCCGCCCGCCCGUCCGUCCACCUAACCUAACCCCUCCUUCGCAUCUCAUCACACCAGACGAAGUGACGAACGACGCAACUCCAGGAGCCUCCAACCACAAUACCCACGUCCUUAUAUCCCCCGGCGACGGAGAGAGAUACGUACUAGGUCGACAAGAAAAUGGUGGUAUCGUCGAGUGGUGGCGCGGGAGGCGUGGAGGGUGGCAGCGGCUGCGGUGUCUCGGCGUCGGUGCCGCCGGUGGUGUCGUCGAGCGGUGGCGCGGGAGAGGUGGAGGGUGGCGACGGCGGCUCGGCGGCGGUGUCGGGGUGCCGCCGGAGGGUGAAGGGGUCGUGGACGCCGGAGGAGGACGAGCUGCUGCGGCGCGCGAUCACGCGGCACGGGCCGCGGAACUGGACCGUGAUCAGCUCCGAGAUCCCCGGCCGGUCCGGCAAGUCGUGCCGCCUGCGGUGGUGCAACCAGCUCAGCCCCAGCGUGGAGCGCCGCGCCUUCACGCCCGAGGAGGACGCCAUCAUCGUCGCCGCGCACGCGCAGCACGGCAACAGGUGGGCCACCAUCGCGCGGAUGCUCCACGGCCGCACCGACAACUCCGUCAAGAACCACUGGAACUCCACGCUGCUCCGCCAGCGCAGGGCGGCGGCCGCCCAUGCCAGCGCCGCCGGGUGCGCCCUCCAGCUGCGGCCGGCGACCACGGCCUCCGUCCCGCUCCGCCAUCUGCUGGAUCGUCCUAAGGAGGCGGCGGCAUCCGUUUCGUUCCGUCGUCUGGACCCAAAGGCGGAGGAGGAGGAGGACGAGGACAUGGACGAAGGCGGCAGCAGCAGCGAGGAUUCGGCGCAUCGGCAUCGUUCGCUGUCACCCGCGCCGGUCGAGCCGCUCACACUCAAUCUAUUUAGCGACGGAGCCCACGGGCUCCCUACCCCCGCCCCCGCACCCGCACCGCAGGGUACGGCAGCCAGAACGGAGGGUGCCGCCAUGAGGAGGAAGGCGAAGCUGGAGCAGGACCCGUGGUUGAGCGGCGGAGUCCACGGGGCCCCCGCACCCGCGCCGCAGAGUGCGGCAGCGAGAACGGAAGGUGCCGUCGUCACGAGGAUGAAGACGAAGCUGGAGCAUGACCCGUGGUUGGUGACCUUGGUGCGGCAGAUGAUAUCUGUGGAGGUGGAGCGGCAGAUGCAUGGAGUGGGCCCGCAGGCCAGAAGCAGCGCCGGUGGUGGUGGUGGUGCAGACGGCGACGGCGUGAACGGCCAGGACACGUCGAUGGACGUGGACCCGUGACGGAAUGGGCGAAUGGCGGCGGUGGCGUUGGGCUUACCGAGUUCCUUCUACCCUGUUUGUCCCGUUCGCUAAUCGCGCGCUUGAACCAUUAACGUCCGUCACACCAUCCGUUGAUACGUAGGUAUCUAGCUUGUGGUUCAGUUUACUUUCACUCUAGCUGUGAUCAUCCUAUAGAUUGAAGCUUCUAUUUUUUUCUUGGAAUGAAACUACCACUGCUAGUGCUA